AUGGCCCCAGCACCACCGACGGAGACCGACAUCAAUCCUUACGAGCUCCUUGGAAUCUCGCAAGAGGCAACGGAGGCUGAGAUACGAAGUGCUUACCGCUCGAGGUCACUCAAAGUCCACCCAGAUAGGAAUAGAAAAGACCCAGACGCAGCUCGGAAAUUCCAUGAACUCACGAAUGCAUCCAAUCUCUUACUCGACCCUCUUCGUCGCCUCGCUCUCGACGCACAGCUCAGACUCGCUUCCGCAAAGAAAGCGCGCUUCGCUGCAUACGACGCAAAGCGAAAGAAUCUCGUGUUUGAACUCGAGGAACGCGAACGAGAAUUUAAGAAAACCCGUCUAGAGAAGGAGAAGGAGAAGUUCGCAAAGGAGAGUGAGAACGAACGUGUGAAAGAGGCUGGAAGACGGCUUAGGGAAGAAAGGGAAAGGGAGCUUGAGGAGCGGGACAGAGCAAAGUCAGUAAGGGCAUACCGGCAGGCAGAACAGGAAGACAUGGACGUGGACGCCCCGCCACCGCUCGGACCCUAUGAUACGACCAUCCGCAUCAAAUUCCCCCUCGCUAAAUAUCCAACGCUUGAUGCUCCCUCUGCCCUAGCGGCUCAUUUUCAACGGUUUGGAGCCAUUGAUGAAGACGCCAUCGUUCUAUCAGUCAAAGCAAAGAAGCCGGGGAAAAGGCAGAAGUCUGGUGCUCCAGAUCAGGACACCUCCAACGAACUGGGCAACGCGAAGAUGUUGGUGAAUGCUCUUGUGACUUUCACGCAAAUCAGCGCUGCAUUUGGAGCGGUCUCCAGCGGCCCAAAGCUCAAGGAGGAGGGCAUGGAAGUUGCAUGGGCAGGUGGCUCUGAGCCACCUAUAUUGCAAUGGCUACGUGACCGCGGUGAGCUUGGCGGAACGACAGGCAGUUCCAGUCCCCAAGCACCAGGUCCCGAUGAUACCACUGCGGCGGAACAAGAGACCACGAAGGGCCAAGCAGACAGUAGUAAAUUUUCUACGUUUCCCUCUACUUUCCCUUCCACGUUCCCUCCCUCCCGUUCACCCUCGGUGGCAACCAAGACAAAUAACACCAUGGAUUACGAGUCACUCACUCUCCUACGCAUGCGAGAAGCGGAACGCGCAAGGUUGGAGCGUGAAAUAUUAGAGGCUGAGGCAAGGGAGGAGUCGUGA